AUGUCUAUGUCUUCAGAACUCACCAGCGUUGUUCGGCAGGCGCGCGGACCCCAGCACACCGCAACCGUGUUCUUUCUUCACGGACUUGGUGACACUGGUAGUGGAUGGGCUCCAGUCGCUGACGAGAUCGGGCGGACGAUGCCGCACGUUAAAUUCAUUCUGCCGAAUGCUCCAAUUCGACCCAUUACUAUCAAUGGCGGCUUUCACAUGCCCGCCUGGUUUGAUGUGACGGAAUUAGGAAAUGUCGAAAGCAUGCUCAGUUCGAUCGAAGAUGAUAAUGGAAUUUUAAGUUCAAUGACUUCUAUAAACAGGCUCAUACGUGACGAAGUUGAUUCAGGGAUGCCUGCGCGACGCAUUGUUGUUGGUGGGUUUUCACAGGGCUGUGCAAUGACGUUGGCCACUGCCUUGACUUCAGAAUAUAAAUUUGCUGGCAUAAUAGGACUGAGCGGGUUUAUCCCUUUGCGAGACAAGAUUCUAUCGAUGGCAGCGGAUGCAAAUAAGACCACUCCUAUAUUCCUUGCUCACGGAGACUCCGACUCGGUCAUUCCAUUCCAAUUCGGAAAAAUGACAAGCGAGCUGCUCAUAAGUAGAGGAUACGACGUAACAUUCAAAAGUUACGCCCGCUUGGGUCACUCACUCGGAACAGCUGAAAGUCGAGAUAUGACAGCAUUUUUGCAGCGUGUAAUACCAUAG